UCGGCGGAUGGAGUAAGCGGACAUUGUCCGAAGAGACACGCUUGAGUGGUGCGCGCGCUCUGUUGCACCGAUCUUUCACCUUCGCAAUAAUAACGCCUAUAAAACCUUGUCAUUGUAAUAAUAUGACGCUACUUUUAUCUCAACUUAAUACAGAAAUACAACUCCACAUAGAGAUAAAUAAAUUUAGUGGGACUCUUUUUGGGUUUAAACCCAUUAAAAAUGUUCAAAUUAAAAUGUCUGUUUAUAGUGAUUAUCGCUUGCGGGGAAGUGCUUUCAUAUGAUGAGCAGCGAAGCGGAUUUGUACCAGGACUGGACUUUGAAAAUAUUUUCAAUGACGAAAAUUCUGGAAUCAUAUCUCUUGCAUCAAAUCCUAUCGCCGCAGCAAUGCUAAAAGCAGAUAAGAGUCAAUAUCCAAAAUUAUUUGAUACAAUAGUCAGUAGCUCUAUAGAUUCUUUGCAAAGUCAAACAGCUCCCAGGGAGAACAUUUUUGAUGCGCAAAAUUUUGGUUUUAUCCCUAUUGCCAGUCAAAGCUUUCCCCAUCAAGCUAAUAGAAAAUCAGAGUCAGAAUCACACCAAAGACUAACAAAUUCAAAUUCACAACAAAACGUUCGCCCUUUAAGAUAUAAUAUUCAAACUGUACAUGAUGCAAAUUAUAAAGUGUUUAAACCUGAAGAGAAUGAGGAUGGAGUGGAAAUUUUGGAGGCAUUAAAAAAGAAUCCUACGGUUGCAGCUUAUUUUCAGCCAUUAGUUAAUGCUGAAGUUAGUCAUCCUCUACAUUACCGUAGAGAAGAUGCAGUUGAACAAUUUCAAAGUAAUCAGAACUACAAGUCAAAUCCUUAUAUUGCAGGACCAGCUCGUAUUCGACGCUAUACAAGGGGACGAAGCCGAGAUAGUGGGAAAAAGAGAAACGACGAAGAGGAUGAUGAUCCUUAUGGUUAUAGGGCGGAGUAUAUUUCAAUACCAAAAGCUUUUGGAGGAAGCCUGUAUAGUAGUCCUUAUAAAGAAAAGAAAGAUUCUGAUGACAAGUAUGAGUAUCCUUACAAAUAUGAUUCUGGGUAUGACCAUAAAGAAUACGAUAGGAUAAAGGAGCUUUCUGAAAAACAAGCUGCUGAAAUCAGACAGAAUCCUGGAAAUUGUAAGGAAGUCAAAAGGGAUGGUAUGAAAUGUAUGACUUGUAAAGAUCCAAAAACAGGUGGAAAUUAUGAAUCGUGUUCAUAUGAAGCUGAGCCGAAAAAUAAUAAAUAUGCGUAUUCCAAAGAGCGAAAAUUUGACAGCAAUGAUGAACCUGAUGAAAAAGAGGACUCGAGCGAAAAAGCUGAUCAACCAAAUAAGGCAGAAAAAUAUAAAGAAUCACAAGAAGAAACGGCCCCACAAAAGUUUGCGAAAUUAAAGGAAGGUCAGCCAAGCGAGAGCGAUAAUUCAGGAGAAAAAUAUAAAUCAUAUUAUGUACACACCUCAAACCCUAAACCCAGUGCAGCGUUGCGAGCAUCAAGUGAAGAAUCUUCUGCUGAGAGUAAAGAAGCGAAACCAUAUGAUUAUAAAAAAGCUCUUCCCGGAUUUUAUACGGACAAUGAGCCAAAAAAAGACGUAGAAAAUGUUUUAGCAGAAUUUAAAAAGAAAGAUAGAUCGGCAUGUAAAAAAGUUCAUAAAAAUGGUAUGACAUGCUUUCAAUGCCUAGAUAAAUCUGGUCAAAAGCACGAAGAAUGUAUGUUUGUUUCUGAAUCAGCGCCAAAACAAAGUCAUUUAGCAUAUCAAGAAGUUAAAGAAUUUACUUCAAAACCUACAACUCUCGAUAGCGGCAAUGAAGGUGCCGAAAGCAAAACUAUAACAACAAGUACGCCACCAAAACAGAAAUCAGCAGCUUACACAGCUGAACCUAGCAACAACAAAAAAGUAAAACGGAAAAAGGCCUCACAAGCUGCCUUAGUCACCGCUGCUACAAAUCCUGUUGCUCAGACGACAGAAGUUAAAAAUUUAAACAAUAAUCAGAAAAUAAAAAGAAGUCCUGAAACUGAUGAAAAAAUUGAAAGCGACGGCACUAAAAUCGCCCCUCCUGAAGAAUUUGCAGGAGCUGAUUCCAAAGGCGCAUUUUGGGCAGACACGAUGCCACGGUAUAGUUCAGCUUUAGGAGUCACUUUACCCGAAUAUAUGCUUUCGAGAUCUGAACAUGAAAAUUCAUUUGAUGAACUCGUCGCAGGAGCGUAGCUUUGAUAGUUUGUUGAGCAACAGAGUUAAAUAGAGCAUGACGCUUUACAAUAAGUUGUGUUGUGUUACUGAUUAAAUAUAAAAAUUGUCUGUUACAUACAACAUUAAGAUAGUAGAUUAUAAAUCUAAAUUAGUACUGGCUAAUAUUUUUACAAAUUUUAUUAUGUAUUUAGCCAAUUUGUUUAUUUGGUAGAUGCCUUGUUAAUAAGGUAUACAUAUCCAAUGAUU